CAUCCAAAAUUCGGCUGCUUUCUCUCUCUAGAUUUCUUGGCCUUGAAGACCCAAGUUGUGGAGACUGGAGAGAAGCUUCCUUCGCACGGCCCACCGCACAAGAAAUUUUAUUUUUUAUUUUUUAAUUUUCUUGUAGAAAAAAAAAAAGGUUUUACGAGUUUCGUGAAUUGAAUGAGACCAAAAAGCUACCUCUCCCUCCCCCUCUCUCUAUCUCUCUCAACUUUCUCUCUCUAGUUCUCUCUCCUACAAAUAUGGGAAUGCAUCUCAAAUUUUCUUGCAACAACUUCUUCUUCUUCUUUUAUGAUAUUUUCAAUGCCAGUUUCGUUCUGAUUUGAACUCUUCAAAGUCUGAUUUUAUUGACUCUUUCUUGAAUACCGCCCCUGGGAUCAUAUAAAAAAGAAAACAAGGAAGAAGACAGCUUCUUUCUGGGAAAUUCUCUGAUUCUGCUUCAGGCCUUCAAGCUUUAACUUUGCUUUAUGAUGCAAGAUCCAGAAAAUAUAUGCAACUUCUGUUCUGAUCUCUCUGCUUGCCAUGUGUAUUGACCAGGGUCAAUCUUGAAUCGGCGUAACAAUUUCUCUAUGGGAGAAGCUCCAGCUUUCUUUGUUGAUGAUCUGCAGCAGGUUUUUUCAAAUGGGUUUGAUCCAAAACCCAAAGUCUCUGAGUCGGAAACCACUGUGGGGGACAAAAUAUAUGCGAUUGGUGAGGCACAUGAGGGGUUGGCAUUAUCGACUCGGAUAUUUGACAAUUCUACAGGCGAAUGGGUGAUCCCUGCCGUGUUGGGAACAAAACCCGAAGCAGGUAAGGGCCAUUCGGCUGUGCUUGUAAAUGAGGAUCGGAUAUUGAUCAUCAAGAGGGGUUCCACCCCUGAUGACUGCAUUUGGUUUCUUGAGGUGGAUACCGAAUUUGUAAGGGAGCAGAAAAAAACUUUGGGUACUGAGGUAGUUGCUUGGAGUAGGGGAGUUAUUGGUGAUGCCAAUAAGCCAAUUGUUAUUAGUGGUCCUUCUGGAGUGGGUAAGGGUACAUUAAUAUCCAAACUGAUGAAGGAAUUUCCAUCCAUGUUUGGGUUCUCUGUGAGCCACACAACCCGGGCUCCAAGAGACAAGGAAAUCAAUGGGGUUCAUUACCAUUUCACGGAGCGGAGUGUUAUGGAGAAAGAGAUAAAAGAUGUGAAGUUCCUCGAGUUUGCUAAUGUUCAUGGGAAUCUCUAUGGAACCAGUAUUGAAGCUGUUGAAGUGGUUGCAGAUGCUGGAAAGAGAUGCAUUCUUGACAUUGAUGUUCAAGGGGCAAGGUCCGUGAGGGCUAGUUCUCUUGAAGCCAUUUUCAUCUUUAUCUGUCCACCCUCAUUUGAGGAGCUUGAGAAGCGCCUUCGUGCAAGGGGAACAGAAACAGAGGAACAGAUCCAAAAACGACUCCGGAAUGCAGAAGCAGAGCUUGAACAAGGACAAUCAUCUGGUCUCUUUGAUCAUAUCUUAGUCAACGAUGACCUCGACAAGUGCUAUGAGAAUCUCAAGAAAUUGUUGGACCUAGACGGAAAUGUUGCUGAUACUUUCUCCAAACCUUCACCAAAACCAGUUGAGCUGCCCAUAGGCCAUUCAGUGUUGAAAAUCAAUGAAAAAGUCGUGAUAAGCUGUAGAACUCAGGAACUAGAAAAAGCUUCAAAGAACUUGAUUGUAUUGGAUGUAUCUUCACUCAAAGGAGGGGCACCAGGACGGACAAGAGGGCUAAAAAUGAGAGCUAUGGACUCAUUUUCAGAUGUCGUGAAUGGGAUCAAUCAGCUAACACAUAGCUAAGGACGAUAAUCCCCCAUGCCACAUGCCCAUCAAAUACUAACUCAUUUAUCAGUUUCAAGUCUUCUACUUCUUUUCCAGUAUUAACUUGGAAGGCAGGGAAUUAUAUUCUUGGAUUUUCUCCACAAUUCUUUGCUUGAUUUAGAACCCAAGAGAUAUGGUGUUGGAAGAUUAUUAUUAUUGUUGUUAUUAUUAUUUGUCCUUUGUGGGCGAUGAGAGAAGAUUUAAGAAUUGUGCGGCAAAAAGGAAACCAGUGUGGAAUAUUUGUUAUCCCCAUUUGCUAUUAUUUUUUUGGUUUGAAGAGAGAAAACAGAAGCAAAGGCCAAAACAGGGUAUGGAUAUUGUCAUUGGUUAAUGCCACAUUUUUAUAAUCAUUCAGCUCUAGUGGAAUGGUUGGAUUUAUCAUUGAA